AUGACUAGAGUUAUGUUAUUUGCACGCUCUUGUUGUAUUCGAGGUGUGAGAAUGGCUUCGACAUUGAUCGGCCGCUCUGGUCGAGAGUAUCUUCGAGACAAGAUCCUCAAGCACAACCCAAAAAGUCCGGAUCUCAGUGUCUAUCUUGCGCGGUGCGGAAACCAAUACUUUGUGCUAAAACACGUAUCCCCUUCGAUCUUCGAACAAUCGCUGGAACUUAAGCAAGAGUUCCCAGAAACGCGUCGUCUUCGAGUGCAUGAUGAUGAUAAUGAAGUCGAACAAAUCCUUAUCUACAACCACUUUAGCGAUAAUUUGCUUUCUCUUGUGAAGAACAACCCAAACAUGUCGAUUGCGCCUCGGAAACGGAUAUUGUGGGAACUUGGGCAGGCGUUAAAGGAGUUUCAUGCCAAGAACUGGAUACAUAUUGACGUCAAGCCUGAUAAUGUUAUGGUUGAUUACCGUUACGAUCAGGCCGGUCAGCUCGCACCGGAAAGGGUUGUGCUAGGUGACCUAGACUGCUCCUUGAAGCUAAAAGGCGACAAACUUCUUCGGCUCCCAGACGGAGUCAAAAUAGGAAAUGUCAUGUGGCGCAGCCCCGAAGCGCAAACGGGGCAAGGGAUUGGCAAACCGUCGGAUGUAUUCUCUUAUGGGCUCGUGUGCCUGUACACCAUCACCGGUGUGGAAACCCUGCACCCGGAUUUCGAGCAGUUAAAGAGAGACAUGAUCGAACCUGAACUGGAGAUUAUGGGUCGAUUAAUAUCUUUUUUUGGGCCGGUCCCAGACGAACUUGUGACUCAUGUCAAUAAUGAGAACUGGGGUCAAAUCAUGAUGGCUAUAUCAGAAGGGACAUUCGAUGGAGGCCCAGUCGGGCCUGGGCGUUUCGAGAAGUGGGAGGAGAAGGAUUACCCCAAUCUUGACUCCGAGACAAAAAGAUUUCUCUGGAGAAUGACAAACCUCAGUCCAUUGAAGCGAGCUGCUAUGGAAGAACUUAUGGAAGAUCCCUGGUGGAACAUGUAA